UUUUACGUUACAUGUCUCAAUCCACAUCUCCCUCUUCCUGCGCCUCCUCGAUCGCUCCCGCGUCUACCCUUCGAUCGAAGUCGCCCACUCUCUCCUUCGCCGCUCUACUGGCUUCCGAUUCGAGGAGUCGUGGCUCCGGAUUGCGAGCUCAAGAGUAGGGUUUGGGAUUUUCAAUCUACAUGCCCAUUUCCUCGUCUCCAUGUCUGCGCCUGUUUCUAAUUCGGCGUCCGCGGCGGCGCCACCAGCGACCAAGAUCUGCUUCAACUCCCAGUGCAAGGAAAUCGUAGCGGAUCACCAGCCGCCGAGGAAGAAGGGGUGGCGCCUCCGCUCCGGAGAGAUCGCGGAGCUUUGCGGCCGCUGCUCAAGUGCAUUUGAGCAAGGUACUUUCUGCGAGACGUUUCAUUCUGGUGUUACUGGUUGGAGAAACUGUGAGACAUGCCGCAAGCGGUUGCAUUGCGGGUGUAUAGUGUCAGCUCAAACUUAUAUUUAUCUUGACGCUGGAGGAGUUGAGUGCAUUGCAUGCGCCAGUAAAUCUCUUCCAAAGACACCAAAUCAAAUGUCUUCUCCUUCUAUGCUUAUGCAACAUGUAUCUGAAAGGAGAGAUUCAUCUGCUAAACCCUGGAAAUCGGUUACCACUCCAUUUUCUGGGCAAUGGCGUCAAGCUCCACAUAUGUGGAAUAUGACAAAUAUGCAGUCUGAUUUGCAACAAAGACUAUCAUAUGAGUUUGACAGGCCUUGUAGCAUUGAAAGGUUGACACCAGGGAGGCGACACUAUAUAUCAGCACAUGAAAAAAACUUUGAGCCUGAGAGAGUAAUUUCUGGCAGCGUUAACAACAUUUCACAAGAUAGAUACGCUCAUGGGAACACAGGAGAAAAUGAUCCAAAUUCUACAAGGAAACUGGUAUCUAUGGACCCUUCAACCAGUUCUGGAUUUAAAAUUGAAACAAAACCAAACCCAUCUUCCAAUUUGCAUCCACUACCAAUCAAUUUGCAAACAUCACCUGUCGCAAAAGAAGACUCAUCUCUUGUUGUUGGACUACCUGUUCCCUUUUCAUCAUCACAUGGAGCAAAAGGUCCAAUUACUCUUCCAGCAAAUCAGCCACUAACUCAAGUAACUUCUCCAUUAUCAAGCCAGCUGUGCCCUCCGCAUAUCACUGAAGCUGGAUUGCAAGUUCAAAUGCGCAAUGGAAGAACUAAAGGUGAUGCCUUUCCACGAACACAAUUACUUCCUCGAUAUUGGCCUACGAUAACAGAUCAAGAUCUACAACAAAUAUCUGGAAGUUCACAAACCACCAUCACUCCCUUGUUUGAGAAGAUGCUAACUGCUAGUGAUGUUGCCCGGAUUGGACGGCUUGUGUUACCCAAGAAAUGUGCAGAGGUAUACUUCCCUACAAUUUCUCAGCCUGAAGGACUUCCAUUAAAAGUUCAGGAUACAAGUGGAAGGAAUUGGACAUUCCAAUUUCGAUUUUGGCCUAACAACAACAGCAGGAUGUAUGUAUUGGAAGGGGUUACUCCGUGUAUUCAGGCAAUGCAACUGCAAGCAGGUGACACAGUUACAUUUAGUAGGAUAGAUCCAGAAGGAAAGCUUGUCAUGGGAUUUAGAAAGGCUUCUAGCAACUCUAAUGAACAGGAUCCUAAAACACACAAUUCUGGCAAUGAUUUGUCAUCACCACCAGAAGAUCAGUCUACCUGGCCUAUACAAAAGGAUGUGUCUAUUUCCAGGUCACUUCCUGUUCCUAGCAAAAGGAAAGCCAAAACACUUGGCUCAAAGAAUAAACGCCUUAGAAUCGAAAAUGAGGAAUCCAUGGAUUUGAAACUAACAUGGGAAGAGGCUCAAAAAUUGCUCCAUCCACCUCCAAAUUCUUCUCCUAGCAUUGUUGUUAUUGAAGGCCAUGAGUUCGAGGAAUAUGAGGAAGCACCUAUACUCGGGAAGAUGCCAUACUUGACCUCAAAUCAAGCUGGGUCAGCUUGCAUUGCUGCUCAAGAAUCAGCAGGUGGUUCCAAGAGGGGCAAGGCAAAGGCACAGAAGGACAAUGUCGAAGUGUCUGAUCGUCUUGCUGCACUUGCGAGUCUUGCUAUUGGCGAAAACCUUCCAGCAUCCCAACCAACGACUAAGCAUCCUCGGCACAAGCCUGGCUGUUCAUGCAUUGUUUGUAUACAGCCUCCUAGCGGUAAGGGCCCCAAGCACAAGCCAGAGUGCAAUUGCAACGUCUGCCUCACCGUGAGACGCAGGUUCAAAACGCUGCGCGAGAAGCGUCAGUCUGAAAAGGAACUUGAGAUUUCAGAGAAGCAACCACCAUCAACCAUCCCACCAUCCAAUGUUUUACCAGAAGCAAGGACUAAUGAUCCACGAUCAACUGGUGCAAACCCAAGUGAUGAGAUUCCCUCUCUGAAAGGAACCACAAAUGUCGAUACAGAAACAUCCGCAUCGCCACCUCUCAAGAUCGCCCAGAUUGACUUGAACAUCCAGCCGGAGCGGGAGGAAGAACCAUCAACACUACAGCAAACUGUGACACUGGUACCCUACUGAGACUUACGGGAAGUAACAUGGUGGUGAGACGAUGCCAAACCAAAGUGAGAUUGCCAUAGCCAAGUAGGCAAUUUCAUGGUCAACAUCAACCUCUCACAGUUUGCUUGCUGGUUUGCAAACUGAUGUGCAGUGCUCAGGCAAGUUACAUUAACGUAUACAUCAACCUCCUUUAUUUAGUCUUUUUUCUUACAUAACUAAUUGGAAGGAGCUUCAUACUGUUUUGUCCCGUGUAAUCGUUAGCGAGUGUGGGAAGGUCCUUUCGUUUUAGUUUUUUUUCCGCGGUUGGAUGUUUUGGAGGAAAAAUUUCGUUAACUCCCUAGUCAUUUCACAGUCGGCUAUAAGAUAAUUUCGUGACUUCUUUCGCAUAUGCAAAGAGUGAUGAAGUCAGCGUAAUCUAUGAUGCGACACUUUCAUUUUAGUUUUUCCAGCCUUUUUCU